GCGCUGUUCUUUCAGCAUGGCCCAGCUCGACGCCAACGAUAAUGGCUUUUUAUUUCUUAACUUUUGCCACCGCAGCGUGGGGGUAUGUUGUCCUGAGCUUGUAUAGAGCAUCGAAUACGCUGACUGACCGUCCUCUCCUAGCUACUCACUUCUCGCCUGGUUGGCAGAGAUUCUCAGAAAAGAGCCGGAAGCCCGUUCACUUCUCGUUGGUGCUUCUGUCACCCUCGUUUGUAAGUCAUCCUCAAAUGCGCUGCCAUCUACGGUGUAUGGUGGACACUUCUAAUACUCACCAGAUGUCGGGCAUGCGACUAUACCUCUCCGCGCAUGGCGGACCGCCGAUAGCCCUACGUACCCAGUUGGGUUCCCUCUUGCUACUGCAUUCGCAGGAGGCAGUAUUAUGGCUAUACUAGGGAUGUAUUUCUAUUUGAAAAGGUAUUCUCAAGAAAUUUGCGUUGGCUUCUGGCGCACUAAUGCUGACAUUUUGAAGCCAUUUAUACAUCUU